AUGCCCCGCCGACCAGUCAUCGCUGUUGCCGGGCUUGCCUGCGAGACGUCCAGUUUCUCUCCAGCCCGUACACUAGAACCGGCAUUCCACCCACGCCGUGGGGAUGAAAUUAUUGAAAAGUAUUCUUUUAUCCAGCCUGGAACACCUCUAGGUCAUGCUGCUAGCUGGCAAGGCUCAUUGAUCGGUCAUGCUCUCCCGGGCGGAGUAGUCACCCGGGAUGCGUUCGAGGGACUUACCACCGAAAUUCUCUCCCGACUUGCAGAUAUCAUCUCAAACUCUGAGACGGGAAUUGAUGGCUUGUGGUUUGACAUCCACGGAGCUAUGUGUGUGGAGGGGAUUCAAGAUGCCGAAGCAGAGCUCCUGCGGCGCAUACGAGUUAUCAUUGGAGCAGAAACAAUAGUAUCUGCCUCGAUGGAUCUACAUGGAAAUGUUUCCCAACAAUUAGCCCAUCAGACCGAUCUCAUAACUUGCUAUCGUACGGCUCCUCACGAAGAUACCAUGGAAACAAAAGAACGGGCCUGCAGGCAUCUUGUUGAAAUUUUAACAUCAGAACCAAGCGAGCAAAGACGCCCGUUGAAAGUCUGGGUACAGGUUCCUAUCCUUCUUCCAGGAGAGCAAACUUCCACGCGCUUGGAACCAGCAAAAGGACUCUACCAACUUGUCCCACAAGUUGAAGCUACUACCGGUGUGUUGGAUGCUGCUAUUUGGGUUGGAUAUGCAUGGGCAGAUGAACCUCGGAAUCACGCGGUAGUGGUUGUAACAGGUUGGGAGAUCAACGCGGUUGCUACAAAUGCAAAGCGACUUGCCGAAUAUUUUUGGAAAGUUCGUCACGAAUUUCACUUUGCCGCACCCACUGGGUCGCUGGAUGACUGUCUUGAUCAAGCACUUAUUUCUCGCGAUCGGCCCUUCUUUAUCUCGGACUCCGGGGAUAAUCCGACUGCUGGGGGCUCUGGAGAUGUUACCUGGGGGCUAUCUAUUGUUCUUAGUUGUCCGGAAUUUCGGCAUAGCACUGGCCCGAUAGUCAUAUAUGCGAGCAUUCCGGGCUCUGAGGCUGUUGACUGUAUAGCGGCGGCCGGAAUCGGUGAGACUGUUACUGUUACGGCAGGAGCUGAGGUUGACAACAUCCACCACGGUCCGCUGAGGCUGACCGGAAUCGUCCACGCCAUCAAACUCGGCGAUAGGGAUGCUCUUGUAGAAUGUGUACUUCGGAUUGGGUCGGUUUACGUAAUCAUCACAAAGCAACGCAAACCUUACCACCACAAGAGUGAUUUCACUGAACUGGAUCUAGAUCCUCUAUCCGCAGAUAUAGUGGUGGUUAAGAUUGGAUACUUGGAGCCAGAACUAUUUUGCAUGGCGGCCAACUGGAUGCUGGCUCUCACCCCAGGAGGUGUGGACCAGGAUUUAGUUCGCUUGGGCCACCGGCAGAUUUGUCGACCCAUGUGGCCAUUCGAUCGAAGUUUUCCGCAUGCCCCAAGUCUCACUCCUCAGUUAAUCCCAAUGUCAAAUGAUUCAGCUUGA